AUGCAAAAUCUGUCUGCACAAGUAACCAGUGAGUUCCUGCAAUUUCCUGAUGCAACUGUAAAAGCACUUCAGGAAGAUGAUAUACAGCUGGAUUCUGUUCUUCGGGCAAAAUUUACAACAGGUAAAGCUGGACUAGCUUGGCUGGCUUGUGGACCACAGCUGGAAGUUAUUAAUGCUUUAACAGGUGAAAGGCUUUCUGCCUAUCAUUUUAGCGGUGUGACUGAACGACCUCCUACUGUUGUGACCGUCAAAGAGUUUUCCUGGCAAAAAAGGACUGGAUUACUUGUGGGACUAGUUGAAGCAGAAAGCAGUGUUCUCUGCCUAUAUGAUGUUAGCAUUUCAAGAGUAGUUAAAGCUGUUGUACUUCCUGGUUCGGUGACUUCUGUUGAACCUAUAAUCAAUCAUGGUGGAGCUAGCGCAAGCACUCAACAUUUACAUCAAAGUUUGAGGUGGUUCUUUGGCGUUGCUGCUGUGGUCACAGAUGUUGGCCAUGUUCUUCUUAUUGAUUUAUGCUUAGAUGAUGUAUCAGGAAAUCAAGAUGAACUAGAAGCAUCAGACUUGGAAGUAAUGAGUGGGAUUCCAGCUGAAAUCCCAAAACUGCGUGAAUUAGCAGCAAGAGAACGUCGGCAUUUAUGUCUUCAAUUGCUAGCCCCAUCUGGAACU